CAUGGAACCGGAAGCCGAAGCCUGACCCACUUGUGGAGAUUCAACAGGCUGAAAUGUCAUCAUUCCAAAUGUGAAACCCAGUAGGCAAGAUCUUUGAGGAGAGGAAGCAAAUGGAUUUUGUCCUCACGCGUCUUAUUUUGCUCUUUCUUGCAGCUACCAUUAUCUAUUCUUCUGAGGAUGAAUCCCGCCUUAUAAAUGACUUAUUCAAGAGCUACAACAAAGUGGUUCGUCCAGUCAAGGCUUUUAAGGACAAAGUUGUGGUGACGGUGGGACUCCAGCUUAUACAGCUUAUUAAUGUGCAAUGGGAGGAUGUUCACCUAAAGUGGGAUCCAGAAGAUUAUGGAGGCAUAAAGAAAGUUCGAAUCCCUUCUAGUGAUAUUUGGCGCCCUGAUAUUGUGCUGUACAACAAUGCAGAUGGAGACUUUGCUAUUGUCCAGGAAACAAAGGUCCUUCUGGAUUACACUGGGAAAAUAAUAUGGUUGCCCCCUGCCAUUUUUAAAAGUUACUGUGAAAUGAUUGUCACAUACUUUCCAUUUGACCUACAGAACUGCAGCAUGAAGCUUGGUACCUGGACUUACGAUGGCACAUUAGUUGUUAUAAAUCCAGAAAAUGAUCGUCCAGAUCUGAGUAACUUUAUGGAAAGUGGAGAAUGGUACAUGAAGGAUUAUCGCUGCUGGAAGCACUGGGUUUAUUAUGACUGCUGCCCAGAAACACCAUACUUGGAUAUCACAUACCAUUUUCUCCUGCAGAGGCUUCCCCUUUACUUUAUUGUCAAUGUUGUGAUCCCUUGUUUGCUAUUCUCCUUUCUGACUGGCCUGGUGUUUUAUCUGCCUACUGAUUCAGGAGAGAAAAUCACUCUGAGCGUUUCUGUACUGCUGUCCCUGGUUGUGUUUCUUCUGGUCAUCGUUGAACUGAUUCCUUCGACAUCAAGCGCUGUCCCUUUAAUUGGGAAGUACAUGUUAUUCACCAUGGUGUUUGUUAUCGCGUCCAUUGUCAUCACAGUCAUUGUCAUCAACACCCAUCACCGUUCCCCAAGUACUCACAUUAUGCCCCAGUGGCUGAAAAAGAUUUUUAUUGAAACCAUCCCGAGGGUUAUGUUUUUUUCUACCAUGAAACGCCCAGCACAAGAUCAACAUAAGAAAAAGAUAUUUACAGAAGAUAUUGAUAUAUCAGAUAUUUCGGGAAAGUUAGGCCCUACUGCAGAGAAAUAUCAAUCUCCAAUCCUUAAGAAUCCUGAUGUUAAAAGUGCUAUAGAAGGAGCCAAAUAUGUAGCAGAGACCAUGAAGUCUGACCAGGAAUCAACUAAGGCCUCAGAAGAAUGGAAGUUUGUUGCUAUGGUUUUAGAUCACCUGUUGCUAGCUGUCUUCAUGAUAGUGUGUAUCAUUGGAACGCUGGCUAUAUUUGCUGGCCGGCUCAUUGAGUUACACAUGCAAGGUUAAAUGUUACAGGAAACCAUGGAAAUUGGAACCGUGUUCAUUCAAAGGCAGCAAGUGAUUCCUUUGCCUUGCUGUGAAGACUCUACAUUAGACAUGCUGAGCUGCAAGCCUUGACAUACUAUUACAAGGCUAGCAGUAGGAAAACAUCAUUUAAAAGUUCAUUAAAGUUUGGGGGGUUGUAGUAGAAAACACAAGUUUUUUAUGUCUGUAACAUUGUUUGUAAAGCGUGGCAAUUAAACUACACACUGUUUUUACAGCUAUCUGCCAUACUAAGACUUACACUGUAUAUUUUGUAUUGAGACUUAACACUGAGCUAUCUGCAAACCAGAUUUGCGUUAUUACUAUUCCUAUCCAUAAACUGAUUGUGUGUAAUAAAGUAAUUAAAUACAAAAUCAAA